AUGGAGUUAGUGGGUUUAGAUGAUGUCGAAGUAGAUGAUACCGAGACUGUAGAUAAUAUUGUGGAAGGUUUAGCAACACCGACAAUUGGGAUAUAUUUUGAGACAAUUGAAGAAGCACGGAAGUACUACGAACGUUAUGGUCAAGAAAAUGGAUUUUGGAUUCGUACUCGGGCUUCAGGCAAAGGACGAAACCGGUCGAAUGAAGUCACUAAGGUGAUAUUUGUUUGCAGAAAAGAAGGAAAGUAUGUUGCGAGAAAUCAGCAGGAGCGUAUCGUGGAAGUGAAUGAUGAGACAGUCGGAGAAGAGAAAGUGAUAUCAAAGAAAAGAGUUAAAAGUUGUUCAACCGUUAAAUGUGGAUGCGAGGCUCAUAUGCGGAUUAUGCUUGACAAAUGGAAUUACAAAUGGAAAGUAACAGGUUUUAAUGAACGUCACAACCACCAACUAGUGACUCCAUCUAAAAGGAUGAAAAUGAAGUCAAAUUGA